AGGAAGAAGGCGACCUCUUGGUUUGUCAGUGACUUGGCUUGUCAGUGACUUGGCUUGUCAGUGACUUGGCUUGUCAGUGACUUGGCUUGUCAGUGACUUUCAGGGUGACUCGCUCUCUCGGCUAUCGGCGUCGAGUGGUAGACGGGGAGGAGCGAGGUAGGUACGCAUGUCUUUUUCAACGGCCAGAACAUGAUGUAUGCAAGGUAUAACCUGUUUAUAUAUCCUGCGUGCCAUCUCGCAUCAGAGGGUGCCAUUCUACCAUCAGCCUUUAACCCUGCGAGGUAACUCUGCUGCGACCCCCUCCUUCCCAUCUGUCCAAUAUGGCCACCACCCUCGAGCAGGCGCUGCGGUUCCAGAAGGACCACUCGGUCCUGACACCUCCGACCAGCCCCCCGGACCCUGCGAGCAAGCAUGACCCAGGCGCGGCCGCGACGCCGACCACGGUUCAGUUCGCGCUGCGCAACAACACGUCGUCGGCAAACGUCUUCGCCUACGUCACGGGGCUGGACGUCGGGCGGGACUCGCGCGUGGUGAUGCUGCGGAGCGACGGCCAGACCACGUACUACCCGACCAACCCGGGCGCCGACCUCCAGCCGCUCGGGGACGACUGCGCCAUCCCGCUGGCGGGGCCGGGCCAGACGCGCACCGUCACGGUGCCGCGCAUGGUGGGCGGGCGCGUCUGGUUCGUGCAGGACGCGCGCCUGACCUUCCUCCUCAACCGCGCCGCGGGCGACAAGGCGGCGCUGGUGGAGCCGUCGGUCGUGAACCCGUCGGACCCCAACCGGGAGCUGCGCUGGAGCUUCUGCGAGUUCACGCUCAACGAGACGGAGCUGUUUGCAAACAUCAGCUACGUCGACUUUGUCAGCCACCCGAUCGCGCUGGUGCUCGAGUCGGGCAACGGAGGAAGCACGCAGCGCGUCGAGGGCAUCGAGCCCGACGGGCUGGCGCGCGUGGCGGCCGAGAUGGCGCGGCAGCACGAGCGCGACGGCGCCGGCUGGGACAGGCUCGUGGUGCGGGCGGGCGGCGGCAGCGGCUCGGGCGAGCUGCUGCGCGUCGUCAGCCCCAACACGGGCAUCCACAUGGUCGACGGCCUGUUCAGCGGCUACUACGCCGGCUACGUCGACGCCGUGUGGAAGAAGUAUGCGUCCGCCGACCUGGUGGUCAACACGCAGGCGCAGUGGGGGGACAAGAAGGGUCGCGUCGUCGACGACAAGCUGGUCUUCUCGGCCGACGUCGGGGCCUUUCCCCGGCCCAGCGCCCGCGACAUCUUCUCGUCCGACUCGGGGGCGCUCGCGCCGCCGCCGGGGUCGGACCCGCCCGUGGCGCGCAACGUGGCGGCGCGGCUGGCGGCCGCCUUCAACCGGGCCACGCUGCUGGUCAACGCCGCGCAGCCCCAGGGCGAGGUACCGGCGACGUACUACCGCGAGGCCGUCUGCAACCACUACUCGCGCGUGCUGCACGAGGUCAACACCGACGGCCGCGGCUAUGCCUUCCCCUACGACGACGUCGGGCCGAGCGGCGGGUCCGAGCAGGCGGGCACUGUGGCCGACAGCAACCCCAAGCUGUUUACCAUCAUCCUGGGUGGACGCCGGGGUGCCAUGGCGCACAAGCUGUAGGGGUUUGGCAUUUGUGUGUGUUUGGAUAUAUUUUUCUUCUGCUUUGUGUAUGAUUCUGUAUCGUUUGCUUUCGCCUGUCACUCCUUCUCUCAUCCCAUGGCAUCACCACUUUGGCACGUCACUCACUGUUCAUGUAAUAUCACCCAGCCGUCCAAGCAUUUGGAGCUCGUUCCGAGCCGCGAAUCAAGCGCCAAACAGCUCGUUCCAAACAGCCCGUUCUUGGUCUUGGUCUUGUCCAGUGGCUGAAGUGAAUGCGGGAUUACCCCACAUGCCAUUUUUAGCGUGGGCUGACUGACGUAAUGGUUGACCCCUUGACCCCAGCUCGUCCCGCCGAGACAUACGUCAUGCCCAUCGCCAGCACGUGCUGUGACGCCGUCACCCUUCCCAGGACGAG